AUGGAGCUGUUAAAAGAAGGAACUGUUUGGAGGAUAGGCAAUGGAGCUAGCACAAAAAUCUGGAAGGAUAAGUGGCUGCCAAGACCAGUGACAUACCAGAUCCAAACCCCUCCAAAUACCCUUGACCUAGAUUCUAGAUUGGAAGUCUUAAUUGAUGUUGAAAGUAGAUCCUGGAAAAAAGAUCUGGUGGCAGCAAUUUUUAAGGAAGAGGAAGCUGAGUGCUCAAAGAAAGGAACAUUUUCGGUCAAGAGUGCUUACUUGCUAGCAACUACACUCAAGGGGAGACACUUGGGGGAAGGAUCAAAAGAUGGGGGAACUUCUGAUUGGUGGAAGGCUCUUUGGCUGUUAGAAGUCUCUGGUAAGGUAAAACAGUUCAUUUGGAAAUGCUUAAAUAAUAUCCUCCCUACCAAAGACAACCUUUUCAGGAAACAAAUUGUUGAUAACAACCUCUAUCCAAUCUGUAUAAGAGAGGUGGAGACCUCUGUGCAUACUAUUUGGGUUUGUCCCACUGCAGCUGAUGUGUGGGGAGGGGAAAAUAUUGCUUUUAGCAAAUGGAGGAGACAUUAUCUGGAUUUUCAGCUUCUAUGGAUAGAAUUGGUCAAUUUAUUUACUAAGGAGAACCUUGAUCUGGCCUCAAUCCUAAUGUACCAUUUAUGGGCCAGGAGGAAUGCAUUCAUAUUCCAAAAUCAAUUUUCCCAACCAGGUUCAGUUUUAGCAAAGGCCCAGUCUGAGCUCUCUUUGUUCCGUGAGUACAAUACAGUCAACAAGAUCAGAGCUGAAGACAACAUGAGGAACAGGUUAACUGCAACUUGGAAGCCUCCUAACCAGCCUUUUGUAAAAGUCAAUUUUGAUGCAGCAUUUAACAAGACCAAUGGUAGAAUGGGGAUGGAGAUAGUGAUCAAAGACCAUGCAGGUAACUUACAUGUCUCUUUGACAGCCUCAAGGGAUAAUACUAACUCAGUCUUUCAAGCUGAAGGAGAAGCACUUUAUAGGGCUAUGGAUUUAUGCCUUGAGCUAGGACUGUACCACGUUAUUUUUGAAGGAGAUGCCAAAGUAGUCAUAGAUGCGGUAAAUUUCAAAAAAGAAGACAACAUGUGGUUGGGACAAUUGACAGAGGACCUGCAACAGUUUUUGGUGCGCAAUCUAACCUGGAUACUGAAUUUUGUUCAUAGACAAGCAAACAAAGUUGCUCAUACAGCAGCUCAACUAGCUAUAUCUAAUGUCAAUGAAUGUUUUUGGUUAGAUGAUGGUCCUCCAGAGGUCAAAAGUAUGGCCACGGAAGAUUUAAUUUGUAUGGUGUAA